AAGUUUUAUGGAAGAUUCUGGAUUCAGUGGUGUCGUUCGACUUUCAAAUGUUUCGGAUUUUAUUGCUCCGAAUUUGGACUGCAUAAUCCCAUUGGAAACGAGAACUGUGGAAAAGAAAAAAGAAGAAUCACAAGUGAAUAUCCGUACCAAAAAACCAAAAGACAAAGAAUCUUCUAAAACAGAAGAAAAGAAAUCCGUUAAAAUCUCGUUAGCUGAUUGUCUGGCAUGUAGUGGAUGUAUCACUAGUGCUGAAACAGUUCUUGUUGAAGAACAAUCAUUUGGACGAGUUUAUGAAGGAAUUCAAAAUUCAAAGCUCUCAGUCGUCACUGUUUCUCCACAAGCCAUCACUUCUAUUGCUGUGAAAAUUGGAAAAUCAACAAAUGAAGUAGCGAAAAUAAUUGCCUCAUUUUUCCGAAGACUAGGUGUCAAAUACGUAAUUGAUUCAUCAUUUGCCCGGAAAUUUGCACAUUCUUUAAUAUAUGAAGAACUUUCAACAACUCCAUCAACAUCUCGACCACUUCUUUCAUCUGCUUGUCCGGGAUUUGUGUGCUACGCUGAAAAAAGUCACGGAGAGCUUUUAAUCCCUAAAAUCAGUAAAAUUCGAUCACCUCAAGCUAUAAGUGGUGCAAUUAUCAAAGGAUUUCUAGCAAAAAGAGAAGGUUUAAGCCCCUGUGAUGUAUUCCAUGCAGCUGUAAUGCCAUGUUUUGAUAAGAAAUUAGAGGCAUCGAGAGAACAAUUUAAAGUUGAUGGAACUGAUGUUCGAGAGACUGAUUGUGUUAUAAGUACUGCUGAACUGUUAGAAGAAAUUAUCAAAUUGGAAAACGACGAAGCCGGAGAUGUUGAAAAUAGAUCAGAAGAAGAGCAAUGGUUAUCGGCUCUUUCUAAAGGAUCUGUUAUUGGUGACGAUGGUGGUGCUUCUGGAGGAUAUGCUGAUCGAAUUGUUCGAGAUUUCGUGCUGGAAAAUGGAGGAGGAAUUGUAAAAACAUCAAAACUAAACAAGAACAUGUUCUCCACGACUGUAGAAUCCGAAGCUGGAGAAAUUCUUUUAAGAGUUGCCAAGGUUUACGGGUUUCGAAAUGUGCAGAAUCUGGUUCGAAAAAUGAAGACGAAAAAGGAGAAGACAGAUUACGUGGAAAUUAUGGCUUGUCCGGGUGGAUGUGCAAAUGGUGGAGGUCAGAUUCGGUACGAGACAAUGGAUGAGAGAGAAGAGAAAUUGAUUAAAGUCGAGGCAUUAUAUGAAGAUUUACCCAGACAAGAUGAUGAAGAAACCUGGAUAAAAGUUCGAGAGGAAUGGGAGAAACUUGAUAAAAACUACCGUAAUCUUCUGUUUACGGACUAUAGGCCCGUUGAGACGAAUGUUGCUCAAGUCUUGAAAUGGUGAAUUUUCUUGUUAUAUUUUGUGAUACAUUCCCAGUCCCUAAUUUUUUAGAUUCUAUAGAAUAAAAUGUUUU